CUUUGGUGCUGUUUACAACGACCAACAAAGUCCGCGGUACAGAACCAGCCAUAGUCAUUAACGGGAUGAUAUUUAGGUUAUUGUCGGAUAAACUGCAAACCCUGCAGAACAAGCUGUUAGAGAUAGAGUCCGCGGUGAAGCAAACGGAUGAAAAGCUUACCGGAAUUGUGGAAUCCACCCACAACUUAGAACUGCUCAUGAUCAAUUCGGGCAUAAAUCUUCGAAGUGUCUCGUUUCCAUCGUGCAAGGACAAUCUCUCGAAGCGAUCGGGCAAGUACAUCCUACAGCUAACCGAGAACGACCAACCGUUUCUGGGAUAUUGCGAACAGACGGCCUACGGAGGAGGUUGGCUUGUGUUCCAGUACCGUUACGAUGGAUCGGUGGACUUUUACCGCAACUGGACCGAGUAUCGGGACGGGUUCGGCAGCGUGGAUGGAGAGUUUUGGCUCGGGCUGGAGCAUUUGCAUCGGAUGACCUCGACCCGGAAGCACGAGCUGCUGGUGGAGCUGAAGGACUUCGAAGGAAACUACAAGUACACACGGUACGAUGAGUUCGAGAUCGGCAGUGAGGAGGAUCAUUAUCCGCUGGCGAAGCUCGGACCGUACACUGGAACGGCAGGGGAUUCAUUGCACAGACACAAGGGCAUGAAUUUCACGACCAAGGAUAGUGACAAUGAUGUUUGGUUAGAAGGAAACCGUGCCGUAACAUAUCAGGGUGCCUGGUGGUACUAUUUAUAUCACACUUCAAAUCUUAACGGCAUUUAUAACAAUAGUAUAAACGCACAAAAUAUUGUUUGGGAUACCUUCAACCAGGUUAACGAAGGAAUGGCUUACUCUCGUAUGUUGAUUCGUGCAAAGUAACGCAAAAUGAAAGUAACGCCACGAAGUCAGAGCGUUUCAGUUGCUGGAUUGUAAAUUUGCCAUUGGUUGUAAUAAGUGUACCAGACUGUGCACCUUUAUUCAUCGUCUAAUAAAGAAGACAAAUGAACAUCGAA